GUUCUGUGGAAGGGGCGCGGCCGUUGUGAGCAUGUGACGUCACGCUGCCAGAGGAACGCGGAGGUGUCAACCGAGUUGAGGAGCAGCACAACUAGGAAGCUCUACUGACUAUUUCGACACCACUAAACAUUCAACCAAACGUCUGCCACUCUUAUUAUAAUUUUUCUUACCUAAUGUUGGACAUGAUACUGGUUAAAGUGCUUCUCACGCUUUGCUGCCUUCUCCACACCACAGCUGCAUUUGGAAGACCCUUGAACAAAUACAUUGGUCAUUAUGAGGGUUUAUCCUAUGACACCGAGGCCCUGCACAAGAGGCACCAAAGAGCCAAGAGGGCGCUCUCGCCUCACGACGAAAUCCUGCACCUCAACUUCUAUUCUCACAACAGGCAUUUCAACCUAUGCAUGAAGAAGGACACAUCACUGUUUUCUCCAGAUCUCGUCAUAGAGACGUCAGGAAACGAGGAACCAAUAGACACGUCACAUAUCUACAGCGGAGAACUCUUUGGUGAAAAUGGAACACUGAGCCAUGGAUCUGUGAUCAACGGGCGUUUCGAGGGCUUCAUUAAAACUCAGCAGGGAACCUAUUACGUUGAACCCUCGGAAAGGUACUUGAAGGAGAAGAAUACCUCCUUUCACUCCAUCAUCUAUCAUGAGGAUGACAUCACUUAUCCUCAUAAAUAUGGCUCUGAUGGAGGCUGUGCUGAUCACUCAGUGUUUGAAAGGCUGAGGAAGUACCAGGCAUCUGCGGUAGACCCGCCUGUCAAAAGAGUGAAAAGUGAACUGGUUGAUGAGCGAAGCCAAGGUCCUGUCAUUUUAAGGAGGAAGAGGGCAGUGGCGCAACAAAAAAAUACCUGCCAACUCCUUAUUCAGGCCGACUACUUAUUCUACAGCUACUAUGGCAGUCGAGAAGCCGUCAUUGCACAGAUCUCCAGCCAUGUUCAGGCAAUUAACGCCAUUUACCAGAUCACAGACUUCAACGGCAUCCGAAAUAUCGGCUUCAUGGUUAAAAGGAUCAGGAUAAACACCACAAAUGAAAAGAUGGACAAUCCUUUUUAUCCUAACAACAUCGGAGUGGAGAGGUUUUUGGAGAUCAACUCUGAACAGAACCACGAUGACUACUGCCUAGCGUACGUCUUCACCGACAGGGACUUCGCCGAUGGUGUCCUCGGCUUGGCUUGGGUCGCCGCUCCCUCAGGAAGCUCGGGAGGCAUCUGUGAGAAAUACAGACCGUACUCUGAUGGGAAGUGGAAGUCCCUGAACACUGGCAUCAUCACCGUGCAGAACUACGCCUCGCACGUCCCUCAGAAGGUGUCGCACAUCACCUUCGCCCAUGAGGUCGGACACAACUUUGGCUCUCCCCAUGACUCUGGGCUCCAGUGCACCCCCGGAGAGUCUUCCAAUCAGGCCCAAAAGGAACUGGGCAAUUACAUCAUGUAUGCACGAGCCACCUCAGGAGACAAAAUCAACAACAACAAGUUUUCAACAUGCAGCGUCGGCAAUAUGAGUGCUGUUCUGGCAAAGAAAAAGGAUAGCUGUUUUGUUGUGUCUGGACAGCCUAUCUGUGGCAACGGCCUUGUGGAGGAGGGAGAAGAAUGUGACUGCGGCUACAGUGAUGAGUGUACAGACAUCUGCUGCUAUAACGCCAAUGAAGAGGAGGGCAAAAGGUGUAAACUCCAACCUGGAAAGAUCUGCAGUCCAAGUCAAGGCCCAUGCUGCACUGAGACUUGCGCUUUUAAGGGCACACUUGACAAGUGCAGGAAGGAAUCUGAGUGUGCCCUCGAGGGCAGGUGCAGCGGAACCACCGCUCGGUGUCCUACUUCGCAGCCGAAGGAAAAUCUGACCUCUUGCAAUGAGGACUCACAAGUCUGUAUCAACGGGGUCUGUUCAGGUUCCAUUUGUGAGAAGUACAAUCUAGAAGAAUGUACCUGCGCUAGUGUGGACGGAAAGGACGAGGCAGGUGAACUCUGUCAUGUGUGCUGCAUGGAAAGAAUGAACCCUAGUACCUGCAGAAGCUCAGGCUCGGAUAAAUGGGCCCAGUUCUUCAACAGAAGCAUUAAAAGUCUGCAGCCCGGCUCGCCGUGCAAUGAUUUCAAGGGCUACUGCGAUGUGUUCAUGAGGUGUCGUCUGGUGGAUGCAGACGGGCCUCUGUCAAGGCUAAAGAAAGCCAUAUUCAGUGGAGAAAUCUAUGAGACCAUUGCAGAGUGGAUAGUGGAUCACUGGUGGGCAGUGGCUUUGAUGGGCAUCACUUUGAUUUUGUUAAUGGCCGGUUUCAUUAAAGUCUGCAGCAUCCACACCCCAAGCAGCAACCCCAAGCUGCCUCCUCCAAAGCCGCUGCCAGGAAGGAAGAGCCACGCCAGCGCCCAGUCGCACACACCGCGACAAUAUCGCCAUCGCAGACAGGACUACCAAAUGGCUCAGAUGAGACCCUGAGAUCUUUGCUCUCAGCCUUUCGCUCCUUUCCUGUGCCUACACUGGAAGCACUUGACUCCCAAAGAGUGCCUGUACCUUUAUUGUACGUAGUUCUUAAUUACAACCCCAAUUCCAAUGAAGUCGGGACGUUGUGUUAAACAUAAAUUAGAAACAGAAUGCAAUGAUUUGGAAAUCAUGUUCAACCUAUAUUUAAUUGAAUACACUACAAAGACAAGAUAUUUCAUGUUCAAACUGACCAACUUGAUUGUUUUUAGCAAAUAAUCAUUAACUUAGAAUAUUAUAGCUGCAAAGCUGGGACCGGUGGCAAAAAAGACUGCGAAAGUUGAGGAAUGCUCAUCAAUCACCUGUUUGGAACAUCCCGCAGGUGGACAGGCUCAUUGGGAACAGGUGGGUGCCAGGAUUGCGUAGAAAAGGAGCUUCCCUGAAUUGCUCAGUCGUUCACAAGCAAAGAUGGGGAGAGGUUCACCUCUUUGUGAACAAGUGCGUGAGAAAAUAGUCGAACAGUUUAAGGGCAAUGUUCCUCAACGUACAAUUAUAGGGAAGUUAGGCUUUGUAGUAAAAGAGUGCGGGUACUGCCUGCAGUCCAGACCUGUCUCCCAUUGAAAAUGUGUGGCGCAUUCUGAAGCGUAAAAUACGACAACGGAGACCCCGGACUGUUGAACAGCUGAAGCUGUACAUCAAGCAAGAAUGGGAAAGAAUUGCACCUUGUACAAAGCUUCAACAAUUAGUGUCCUCAAUUCCCAAACGUUUAUUGAAUCUUGUGAAAAGAAAACGUGACCCUGUCCCGGCUUUUUCGGAAUUUGUUGCAGCCAUAAAAUUCUAAGUUCAUGAUUAUUUGCUUAAAAACAAUCAGGUUUAUCAGUUUGAACAUUAAAUAUCUUGUCUUUGUAGUGAACGUCAUUUGCAAAUCAUCAUAUUCUGUUUAACACAACGUCCCAACUCCAUUGGAAUUGGGAUUGUAAUUCUGAACAACAGGUGCAACUGAAUUCAGGUCACUGAAGUGAUGCAAGCCCGAACAACCUCGCUCAAGGCCUCCGUGCUGUGAUAGCCAGCAUCUCAUAGCUUUUAUAUGGACAAGAGACUCACUGAUCUGCUACGUGCUCUUCAUGGCUGUAUAUAUAUUUUUUUUUACCAGCGAGAAAGAGGAGGGAGGAAGCUUUCCUUACAAUGGCCUCUCUUCAGCUAUCUUCCAACUGUACUGCUUUUUGUGUGUGUGUGUGUGUGUGUGUGUGUGUGUGUCGCUCCCCGCUUGAGACCGCAGCAGGACUGCAAGUGAAAUGUGACAUUUUACUGCCAAGCAACACUUGGAGACAAACUAUUCUGCAUGCUUCUGAAUGAGAGCGAACGCUUUCCGAACAUCACCUUCAUAUUGUUUCCACGUGAUUGUACGACAUUUGCCGUGUCUUUUUUUUUUUUUCAACACUCCCCUCCGGGAAACUUCGAUCGUGCACGAGUGGGGGAUGGAUUCAUUGUGCGGACAUACUUAAAUCGCCCACUGUUAGAAUAUCACCAGCUCAUUAUGUAGCAGAAAUAGGCCGUGCCGGAUUUGUGCUAGUCAGGAAAAUACAGCUCUGAGAUGAAUAUUUCAUCUUUUAUCUCCAGUUGAUGUUUAGAUCUGACCCAUUGAUUCCACCAAAGUGAUAUCACCAAACUUUUGCAUUCUUUUGCAAUGUCUUCCAGGAUUUCACAGCUCCUUCCAGCUUUGUUUUGGGUGGUUGAACUUUGAGAAAUGUUCAAAACUAUGCGCUGUAUGCUUGAGAUACGAGCGUGUAAGAUUUCUACACAUCGUGAAAGCCUUUGCGCAAUAUAAUCUUAAUCCAAGUGUUGCACUGAGGUGACUGGCCAUUUAUUUAAAGAUAGUUAAGACACACUUUUGCACGAGCACGUCUUCGAGCGCGUUCGUCUUCGUUGGUUUUCGCCACUCUUCUUCUUCGUGGUCGGCGGACUGUCGGCAUCGAACGUGGGAAUCGAAAUGUUUUAAUUUGAGCCAUUCUGGGAGAACCGAAGUGUUGGUCUCGUUUCCGAUCGGUUUUCGAUUCUCGACGCCCAACCCUAUUUGUCACCUUUUUUAUUUUGUCAAAGCAGCUCUGCCUGACUUGACAAGGCAAUAAGUUCUUCCGCAUGCACAGGCACCUGAGUGCAAUUUUUACGAAGCCAUAAGAAUGCGACCGCUUCCAUUCAUCUGUCCAUCCGUUAAGAAGCCCCUGUUCCGGCUCCCCAUUUUGCAAUCUGGUUUGUUUGAUCUAAAAAUGUGCUGUUAGUUUUUUAAUAUAUGCUGGAGGAAAUGCACUGAUGUAUGUGCACAACACAAGUUGGAUUCUGGCAUAGCACAAUAAACAUUUAGUCCGGUGUUUUAUCACACACCGUUGCCGUUUGUUGCGUGCGAGGUGAGCAGUUGGACUGCAGCAGGCAAUUCACUCAAAGCCAAUUCACUAAGUAAUACGUGUUGUACCAAAUCGAUACAGACUCAAGUGCUGCAAUGUGUGUGUAAAAUUGCAAUUUUCUGUUGCUGUUUUUUUUUUUAAUUGGAGCUGUACUUAUUGAGGGUUAAAGACAUGUAAAUGGCAAUGUUUAAAGCUGUGAAUGUUCUUAACACUGGAGUUUGUCUGAGGUAAACAAAUUGAAAGUGGUGACAAUUGCAGCACUACCUGCCUGAUUUUAAUGUCCCUUGUUUUUUUUUUUGUACUGUAACUUGAGUGCUCUUAAAUGUUAUGUUCUGUUUUUCUCUGAAACCCCUCUGACUACUUGAAAUGCAUUAACCCACUGGGCUCUGCUGAUCUUUUGUGU